CAGAUGAAGAUGUUGUUUAUCAUGAACGUCUCAGUGCUGUUACUGCUCAUCUGUCCAUCCGUCAUCUCUAAAGUUAUCAACUUCAGUAAGUGUAGUCAGUUUUUUUAUGAAGGAGAGCCUCCAGUGAUUCCUGGCAUUCUGGAGAAUUCACGCUCCAUGAAUGAUCGAUAUAAAACAAUCUGUCAAAAAUAUAAGAAGUACUACAGAUUUGCGACGCUCUACGACACAACAAACAGGAUUCCAGUUUUCUCCGCUUACAGAUUCACUGAGAAAAGGAGUUUCAAGAGACCACAUAUGAAAUGGAUGAUUGAGCCUCAGCUUGAACUUCUCACCAGUGAUGAGAUGAACGUGAAAAUCUCAUAUGAAAAUCAAGCUACAGAUGAAGAUUACAUCAAUAAUAACUAUAAAGUUAAUCGCGGUCACUUGUUUCCCAGCUGUCAUUCAAGUGAUGAAGUCACAGCUCGCUCUACAUUCACACUGACCAACAUUGUGCCACAGAAGAUCAACUUUAAUAGCGGCAGCUGGAAGAGGAUGGAAGAUGAGACAAACGACCUGAUGGGUAAACACUGCCGUGACAAAAAUAAUCAAAAUAAAGUUUUGGCCCAUGUCUUGACAGGAGCUGUACCAGGUAACACUACACUAAACAACCGAGUAAAUAUACCAUCACACAUGUGGAUGACUUUCUGCUGCUAUAACAGCACCUCAAGUUCAUGGUCCUCAAAAGCUUACUGGGCUCCAAAUGAAGACGAAAAUAAAAACAGCAAAGCCAUGAUCAGUGAAAGAAGUCUGGAGGAAUUACAAGAAUUCCUGAGUAAUACAAAAAUUACACUAUUUAAAAACGAUUGUAAAUAAUGAUAGUUACAUCCACCUGAAGGUGACCAUACGUGCCAUUCUUCCCGGACGCAUCCCGUCCAGGAUUUUGUGUUUGUCUUCCGGAAGUUGUAUUUAUCGAACGCAUACAUCAUAGAGGAUUAUUAUUAUUAUUAUUACA